UUUCAGCCUCGGGUACGGGGGAGGUUCGGCGAACCUGCUGACAGGGAACGGAUAUGGCGGCCACUCUGGGUAGCGGAGAGCGCUGGACACAAGCUUACAUUGAUGCAGUUAGAAGAAACAAAUAUCCGGAAGACAGGCCUCCUGAGAGCCAUGAUCCCUGUGGUUGCUACAACUGCAUGAAGGCACAGAAGGAAAAGAAAUCUGAGAACGAGCGGAAUCAGAGCCGCCAGGGUGAGGGGAGCCCCACUUACACGGAGGAACAGCUGCUCGGGGUGCAGAGGAUCAAAAAGUGCAGAAAUUACUAUGAAAUUCUGGGAGUUCCUCGGAAUGCCAGUGACGAAGAGCUUAAGAAAGCUUAUAGGAAACUCGCUCUGAAGUUUCACCCUGAUAAGAAUUGUGCUCCUGGAGCAACAGAGGCUUUCAAAGCCAUAGGAAAUGCCUUUGCAGUCCUGAGCAAUCCUGACAAGAGACUUCGCUAUGAUGAAUACGGAGAUGAGCAGGUGACUUUCACUGCCCCUCAAGCCAGAUCUUACGAUUAUUACAGAGACUUUGAAGCUGAUAUCACUCCCGAAGAGCUAUUCAACGUCUUCUUUGGAGGACAUUUCCCUACAGGAAAUAUUCAUAUGUUUUCAAAUGUGACAGAUGACACACAGUAUUAUCGCAGGCGGCACCGACACGAGAGAACACAGGCACAGAAGGAAGAAGAAGAAGAAGAGAAACCUCAGACUACAUAUUCUGCAUUUAUUCAAUUGCUCCCUGUCCUUGUGAUUGUGAUUAUAUCCGUUAUUACUCAGCUGCUGGCUGCGAAUCCCCCAUAUAGUCUGUUCUAUAAAUCGUCCUUGGGUCAUACCAUUUCUAGAGAAACCCAAAACCUGCAAGUGCCUUACUUUGUGGAUAAGAACUUUGACAAGGCCUACAGAGGAGCUUCUCUGCGAGACCUGGAGAAGACAAUAGAGAAAGAUUACAUCGAUUACAUCCAGACGAACUGCUGGAAGGAGAAACAACAAAAGUCGGAGCUGACAAACUUGGCAGGAUUAUAUAGAGAUGAACGUCUGAAACAAAAAGCAGAGUCACUGAAACUUGAAAACUGUGAAAAACUUUCCAAACUUAUCGGCCUGCGCAGAGGGGGCUGAGACCACCAUGUGCUCAGGCAGGGUUGGGGUUUUGUUACUUGUUACUAUUUAUGUUCCUAAUGCCAUUUUAUAAUAUAAAAUUAGGAAACAGUGAACAGUUUACCCUUAGCUCACUUUCUUUGUUGGGCAGGGUUGCAGGAACUUCAGCCUGGAGCCAGAUUUGUUACCACAGCCCUUCCUGGCAUUGGUUUUGGGCACUGGGAGCCAUUUGUCCAGGUGAAGACCAUAGCAAAGCACUAAAUUCAGUCCCCACUCUGU